AUCAGUGUUCAUUUGGUCUGCAGAUUUGUAGCGUGUGUAAUUAGUUUGAACCGUCAGUCACCCUUUGAAAAGAAAAAUGAAGCUGUUCGUUGCAUUGUCCGCCGUGUUGGCCGUGGCCGCCGCCGUUGGAGACUACCACGCUGUGGAGCACAAGCACAUCCCGAUCGUCCACAGCGAGCUGCUGCAGAGCAACGAUGGCCAGUUCAAGUACGGAUACGAAUCGGCCAACGGAAUCGUGGUGCAGGAGGAAGGACACGUCAAGAACCUGGGCAGCAAGGACCAAGAGACGAAUGUGGCCCACGGAUCGUACUCGUACGUCGACCCCCAUGGUGUUCCAGUGUCGGUGAGCUACACCGCCGAUGAGAACGGCUUCCACGCUCACGGAUCGCACAUCCCAACCCCGCCCCCACUACCGAUCGAGCUGGUCGAAGCCUACGCCAAGGUUGGAUCCCACCCGGAAGCCCAUCACGAGGAACCCGAAGUGUACAAGGGUCACUAAGGUGGAACCAUGUGUGCCACGUACUCUCGAGAAUGCCAAAUUGUGAUAUGUAGUCUAUCCGACGGAGGAUAGUGCCUAGUGAAAUUCGUUGUUGUUACAUUUAUAAUGUGAAUAUCCAAGAGAAAGAAUAGAUGUACUUAUAU